AGCCGGCACUUUUCCUUCCUUUGGAAGCCACCACCUCCAUCUCCAUGGCCCAUGGCAUCACCGCGUCGGCGCUGCGGCCGGUGUAGACGAUGUACGCGGACGCAAAGCCCAAAAUAUUAGACUUCUGUGGAGUCUCCGCAACAUCAACUGCAUUUGCCCUUCAAUAGUCGAAUCCCUUUCCCCUCGCCUCCACGAACAAGCGAAAGUAAACGCGACGGAGAAGAACCUUCCCCACGUUGGGUUGGAUUGGUCAAGGCGGCAACGAACCGAAGGAAGGAAGGGAAGCAUCUGGGCUACAGGUCCACGCGAUCGAUUGUUCGAUCGAUCUCGGAUUGAUCGCUUUGUGAUUGUGAUUAAUCUCGCGGCGACAUGGCGACGUCGUGGGCUGCGCCGCCGCCGGGGUACCCGUACGCGCAGGGUCAGGGCGGCGCCCAGCCGCCGCACCCGCCGCAGUCCACGGCCGUCGCCGUCACUCCGGUCAGCAACGGCGUGGGGAACCCCUACGUGAUCGUCACCCCGGCCAGCGCGUCCCCCUCCACCUGCCAGUCACUAAGGAAGGCGCUGGAGCGGUACGGCAGGAAGCUGGAGGACGGCACCCGCAAGGCCGCCGACACCACCGGCAACAUCUGGCACCACCUUCGGACGGCGCCGAACAUGGCGGACGCGGCGGUGGCGAGGCUGGCGCAGGGGACGAAGGUGUACGCGGAGGGCGGCCACGACAGGGUGUUCACGCAGGCGUUCGGCGUCGUGCCGGGGGAGCAGCUGCGCAAGGCCUACGCGUGCUACCUCUCCACCUCCUCCGGCCCCGUCAUCGGCACGCUCUACAUCUCCACGGCCCGCCUCGCCUUCUGCAGUGACAGCCCCAUAUCCUACCACGCCCCCGCCGUCGCUGUCGCCGGCGCCGCCCCAGCUCACCCUCCUGAGGCCAUCUACAAGGUAGUGCUUCCCCUGAACCAAGUGAAAUCGGUGAACCCAUCCGCCAGCAUGACGAACAGGGGCGAGAGGUACAUCCAGAUCAUGACGACGGACAACCACGAGUUCUGGUUCAUGGGGUUCGUCUCCUACGACAAGGCGCUCAAGAAUCUCUACGAAGCCCUGCAGCGCCGUGCGUGAUCGUCGCCCACGGCCACCGCAGCUAAGCUUCACUCUGAUCCUAAUAUACAUAUCUGCCGAUUUAUAUUCCAUUGGUGAACUUGUAAGCUUCAGAUCUUGCUCUGGAAUAAGUGUGACACAUCACUAAAACAAAAUCUGAUGCCGUGUGCCCGCGUGUAUGAUCUGUAAUUCGCUCAUCAGUGUAGAAUGUGCUGAAUUCACUUGUUAUUGUAGAUUGUGCUGAACUCACUAUCCUUUUUAUAAUGUACUGAAUUACCUGAACAUAGAUAAAACUGAGCAUUAAUCGCUAA